UUUCCCUUUGCUCCGAUAACUGCCAAAUAAUAUCACCAUGUUUCCGUUUUUCCGUUAUUACCCUUCCUUCUUCUUCCUCUUCUUCUUCAACCUUCUCUCCUCUGUUUUUCUCUUCUCCCCUGUUUUUCCCGCCACAACUUUCCCGGAUUUCUCCACUCUCACCCCCGAUAAUAACAAUAACAACCACGAUUAUUACGCAUGGAGAGGCUUCGCUCGCUUCCUCGAUGCUGGAAAAGGUACAGAAGUGAACGGCAUCUCCGAAUUGAAGAAGUAUUUGAAUCGAUUCGGUUACCUUCCGCUUCCUCCUCAAAACAAUUUCUCCGAUAUUUUCGAUGAUCAAUUCGUAUCGGCCUUGAGUUUGUAUCAAAAUCGCUUAGGUUUAUCAGUUACUGGAAAGCUUGAUUCCGAAACAAUCGCUACCAUCAUGUCACCGAGAUGCGGAAUUAGUGACCUAACUAAAUUCAACAACAACGGAAGUACAAUUCAUUCAACUCGUCGAUACGCUUUCUUCAACGGCCAACCGAGAUGGAUUCGAGCCUCAACUUUAACUUACGCUCUUUCACCAGAUUACACAAUCGACUAUCUAACUCCAUCAGAAAUCCGCAAAGUCGUUCGACGAUCAUUCUCGCGAUGGUCCGCUGUGAUUCCGUUGAACUUCACAGAGUCCUCCGAUUACGAUUCAUCAGACAUCCGAAUCGGAUUCUACCGCGGUGAUCACGGAGACGGAGAGGCGUUCGACGGAGUAUUAGGCGUUUUGGCGCACGCGUUUUCGCCGGAAAACGGAAGGCUGCACUUAGACGCUGCGGAGAGGUGGGCGGUGGAUUUCGAGAAAGAGAAAUCGAAAGUAGCUGUGGAUUUGGAAUCAGUUGUAACGCAUGAGAUUGGGCAUGUUCUUGGAUUAGCUCAUUCAGCGGUGAAGGAAUCGGUGAUGUAUCCGAGUUUGAGUCCGAGAGGGAAGAAGGUGGAUCUUAGGAUUGAUGACGUCGAAGGAAUUCAGGUUUUAUAUGGUACAAACCCUAAUUUCAAACUGGAAUCCUUCUUGGAAUCCGAAAAAUCUAUGAACAAUAAUGGAUCAUCAUCAUCUUCUUCAAACAACAAUUCUAAACUCCUCUUCUUACUGUUCUUCUACUUGUUGAUUAUGAUUUGGUGAUUUAGGGUUUCUUUUUUCUUCUUUAGUUCGUUUUGUUUCAAGUGUAUAUGUAUUGCAAAGUUACACACACAACAAAGAAAAAAAGAAAUUAAAAAGAAAGGAAAAAGGGUUCAUUCUUUUACUCUAAAUUUGAGUGUAUAUUGACAACAAAUCCAUACAACCGUUCAUUCCAACUA